AUUCUGAGUUACGCUGUUGGACAUCGAGAAGCCAUAGAUGCCGUCACCCAAUGGUGGGACUUGGGCUUGCAGAAGUUCAAGUUGGAGGAUCAUGAGUGGGUAAUACUAGAACAGCUGCAUGAUGUACUUGAGGUCUGUGCAUUCCUUGUGUCAACUCCCAACCUCACGACAGUGAUUCCAGCAAUGGAUCACAUCAACAGGAUGCUCAUAUCAUACUCCUACAACAAGAAAUACCUUCCUUCAAUUCGCUCAGCAGUCUGGCUGGCCAAGAACACUCUCAAACACUAUUACCAGCUCACAGACAGAUCUCAGACAUAUCACAUAUCAACGGUCCUACAUCCACAGCACAAACUAGCCUACUUUAAGGCUGUGCAAUGGGAAGAUGGCUGGAUCAAAAUCACGGAGCAAGUUGUCCGCAAGGAAUUUGAAGAUUCAUACUCAUCAAUCAAUGACGACUCUGACACUGGGUACGAGAAUGACGUCUUCAAGUCAAACAAUGAUGCGCAGAUGGCAAGUUUUAUUUUAUUUUGUUUCGUAUCUGUACUGAAUAAUUCUUAG